AAGAAGAGGGCACGGGAGACCCAGCAGGACGUGGCCCCUGCCUGUUCCCCGCCUGUGGAAGCUCCAGCGGCCCUGAGAAGCAACCCGGAGCAGAGAUUACUCACCCAUGUAUGGCGCCUCCUCCCUCGGGACCGAAGCUCCGUGCUUAGUGGUGACAUCAAUGGCUCGGCUCCCUGUCGGCAUCCGCGUCCUCGUCUCCUUCUCAAGGGACCAGUGGUACAGAGCCUUCACAUUCUUCUUGACAUUUUUGCUGUACGCAAGUUUCCACUUAUCUCGAAAGCCCAUCAGCAUAGUUAAGGGUGAGCUCCACAAGGACUGUGCUGCUGUGACAGAGGGUGAGGCCCAGCUCAACAGCCCAGGCAAACCAGCUGGCUACCGAGGUGCCCAGCAACCACUGGACAAUGGGACCGACUGCGGCUGGGCGCCAUUCGACAAGGACAAUUACCAGCAGCUGCUCGGGGCCUUGGACUACUCCUUCCUGUGCGCAUAUGCCGUCGGCAUGUACCUAAGUGGCAUCAUAGGGGAGCGCCUGCCAAUCAGGUAUUACCUGACCUUCGGGAUGCUCGCCAGUGGGGCCUUCACCGCCUUGUUCGGGUUGGGCUAUUUCUACAACAUUCACAGUUUGGGAUUCUACGUGGUCACUCAGAUCAUCAAUGGCCUGGUGCAGACCACCGGCUGGCCCAGCGUGGUCACCUGCCUCGGCAACUGGUUUGGGAAAGGAAGGCGAGGUCUGAUUAUGGGCGUCUGGAAUUCCCACACCUCCGUGGGCAACAUUUUGGGGUCCUUGAUUGCUGGCUACUGGGUGUCCACCUGUUGGGGCCUGUCCUUCAUCGUACCUGGGGCUAUUGUGGCGGCCAUGGGGAUAGUGUGCUUUCUCUUCCUCAUCGAACAUCCGAGGGACAUCAAGUGCUCUUCCAUGCUGCCGACGCAUCCCAGAGGCUGUGGGAACGGCACCGACAGGUGUAGGCUCCCGAAGCAAAUCCUGCACAGCGACAAGCGCACGCCUCUGGACACAGAGACCCAGUGCUUGCUGCUGUCUGAUGGGAGGGGCUCCGUCCAUCCCAACCACUUCAUCAUCCUGCAAGCCGAGGGCACCACUUCCACAGGCGCCAUCAGCUUCACGGGGGCCUUGAGGAUCCCAGGGGUGAUAGAGUUCUCUCUGUGCUUGCUGUUUGCCAAGCUGGUCAGCUACACGUUCCUAUUCUGGCUUCCUCUCUACAUCACGAGCGUGGACCACCUUGAUGCCCAGCAUGCAGGGGAGCUCUCCACCCUGUUUGACGUGGGCGGCAUCUUUGGUGGGAUCCUGGCAGGACUGGUCUCAGACCGCCUGGAGAAGAGGGCCUCCACCUGUGGCCUGAUGCUGCUGCUCGCCGCACCCACGCUCUAUGUGUUCUCCGCCAUCAGUAAGAUGGGGCUGGAAGCCACGAUCGCGAUGCUGCUGCUCAGCGGGGUCCUGGUCAGCGGGCCCUACGCACUGAUCACCACCGCCGUCUCCGCCGACCUGGGGACCCACAAGAGUCUGAAAGGAAACGCCCAUGCCCUUGCCACUGUGACUGCCAUCAUCGAUGGGACCGGCUCUGUGGGAGCAGCCUUGGGCCCUUUGCUGGCUGGGCUCAUCUCCCCCUCUGGAUGGAACAACGUGUUUUACAUGUUGAUGUUGGCAGAUGCCUGUGCCUUAUUGUGCCUGAUCCGCCUCAUCCACAAGGAGCUGGGCUGCACAGGGAAGCCAGCAGGGGACCAAGUUCCGUUUAAGGAACACUGAUUGUGCCACUCGUCCUUCACAAUACGUCCUUCGUGGGAACCUUCAAGCAAAGACUUCCUGGGCCGAGGCGACGUGGUUGUGCUUGGCACACAUCCCUAGAGGAAACACACGCGCCAAUGUGUGCAUAUUCCGUUGCAACUACCCCACACAGCCUGGGACGGAGUGAGGGCGUUUAUGGAUGCUGCCGAUGGCCCAGGAAAACACACACUCUGACAACCAAGUGCCUCCCCCAUGCUGUCUCACCCCGCCGCUCCCCAAGGCAUGGGACCAGUGAGGAGCCAUGGGUUCUUAGACACAGGCGCCCUCUCUCAGGUAUUCAGGUCGCACAAUGUUAAAGAGACGUGGAUACUGUGCCCACAGGAACUCUGACCACCCGACUAUGUGUCUGUCGCUUCCAGAGACCCCCAAACAAUCAGAUGUCGAGACCCAGCCAGCAAAAGAGGUUGGCAUUCUUAAACAAAUCACUAUGCUCUGAUAUGAUGACAUCAAAAAUGAUUCAGAAGCCAAGAUUGAACCGGGACCCUUCACAUCACCCCAGAGACCUUCCCAGGGCUCCCUUGAACCCGGACACGGGAGGGCAGUGAAAGCACCCCUGCUGGCGAUGGGGCCCAGACACCUGGGGAAGCGCCCAGCACUGGCACACCUGCCCACGUACAGGUGGCACAGGCAGGCAGGCAGCGAGGGGCACAUCUCCAGCUCAGUGAUCUGCCUCCAAGACCCCCGCGCGUGUGUGGGCGCACACACACACUUUGGGGGGCACAGGUCUUAGAUGCACCACAGCAGGGUCGACAUUGGUUAUUUAAAAGGUGUACUAUGUUACGUGAAAGCCAGGAACUACUGUACGUGGCGUUUAUUUAUUAAGACAAACUGUGACUGCU